UGCUCACAAAGUGACAAAACAUAGUGUGCCUGUAGCAUGCCUCCUACUGACUAGAGGGAAAGGACUCUCAAAGCAGCAUGCCUAACACACAGUCUGCUGGAAUAACUUCGGGUUUCUCACGGACCGUUUAGCACAGCCACUUCUAGUUGCCAUGGAGUUUGGGAGAAAGUAUUUCAGCUCUUACUGUAAAACAGUACUUAUUACCAUGAUGAUGUUCAAAUGGGAUAUAUUCUGUACUGAAACCCUGGACAUGUGUUUAUCAGCACCCUGUCAAAACAACGGAACAUGUGUGAACGAUUUAUUUGACUACAACUGUGUGUGCCCGACGGAGCCUCUGAAGUAUAGUGGCAGAAACUGUAAGGAGCUCUAUGACCCGUGUUCACAGCAGCCCUGCGCCAGCUACAGGAACUGUACCAGCACUCUUGGAACGGAAGAGUACCAUUGUAACUGCCCAACAGGCUUCACGGGCACCAACUGCACUAUUAAUAUCAACGAAUGUGAUAGAAACCCGUGCAUAGAGAACAAGACUGAGUGUGGGGACGACUGCCAGUCUAACAUAACCAAUUGUGCCGCUGAGCCCUGUCUUAAUAAUGGGAGCUGCAUCGACCGUCCUGAGGGCUACCUGUGUGAGUGCACCCCUGGGUUCAGUGGGGAGCGCUGUGAGGCCAAUAUCAAUGAAUGUCAGCCCAGCCCGUGCAGAAACGGAGCCAUCUGUAAGGACGGAGUGAAUGAGUACCACUGCUUCUGUGUGCCUGGCUUCCAGGGCUAUAACUGUGAGAUUGACAUCAAUGAGUGUGCCUCCUGGCCCUGCAAGAACAACGGGAGCUGCAUCAACGAGAAGGACCACUAUGUGUGCACGUGCCUCCUGGGGUUUACAGGAGUGAACUGCGAGGUGGAGAUAGACGAGUGUGAGUCCGGGCCAUGUCAGAACGGUGCUACCUGCAGUGACCACGUGGGCCUCUACACCUGCAUUUGUCCUGAGGGCUUCGAAGGGCUGGACUGCCAGAUGGACAUCGACGAGUGUGCCAGCCAGCCCUGCCACAAUGGAGCUGCCUGCCUGGACCUGGUCAAUGGGUACGUGUGUAACUGCAGUGACACCGGCUUCGUAGGAGAGAACUGUGAGAUUGAUAUCCCUGAGUGCGACUCCAAUCCGUGCUUCAAUAAUGCCAGCUGUGUGGAAGGAGUCAAGAACUACAGCUGCCUGUGCUGGAGCGGCUUUGAAGGGCACCACUGUGAGCUGGAUAUUGAUGAGUGUGAAGAGCAGCCCUGUCAGAACGGUGCUCUGUGCUACGAGCGCUCCAAACAGAUCUAUUACGGGGAGCUGGCGGAGUUCGAACAGGAGUUCAGCUACAGGACAGCAGCAGGAUACCUGUGUCACUGCCAGCCAGGCUUUACAGGGAAGAACUGCUCUGUGAACAUCGAUGAGUGUGCCUCCAUGCCUUGUCAGAACAGGGGGAGCUGUGAGGAUCUCAUUAACGGAUACCAGUGUCUGUGUGAACCUGGCUUUACAGGAGUGGGCUGCGAGACCAACAUUGACGAAUGUGAAAGCAGCCCCUGUGCGAAUGGGGGCCGGUGUGAAGACGGCAUCGACGACUAUACCUGCCUCUGCCCUGCAGCAGGACAAGACGCCACCCCCUGGGGAGGCAAAAACUGUGACACCCAGCUGGUGGGCUGCCAGGAGAACGACUGUCAAAACGGAGCGACCUGCCACCCUACCUACCAGAGCGGCACUCACAGCUACUCCUGCCAGUGCCCCCCGGGUUUCUAUGACGAACGCUGCAACACCUCAACCACAUUUUCCUUCACAUCCACAGGCUACAUUCUCAUAGAGGUUCCACUGAGAAACAGAACCAAGAGGGGCGUGGGUACCACCAGAGCCAGCAUCAGCCUCCGGUUCAGGACCACCUUACCUGAUAGGAUUAUAUUUUACAGGGGGGACUACUCGGACUACAUGUACCUGGAGAUUGUCGAGGGCCUCCUUCAUGCUAGGGCAGUGCUAGAGGGCUCUCGCAUCUAUGCAUCUCUGCCUGGAAAAGUAAACGAUGGCCAGUGGCAGGAAAUCAGUGUGACUUUGAAAGGUGGUUUAGUGCUGACCCAUACAAACUGUGAGAGAGGAGACUGCACAAAGACCCAGGAUGGCUCGGAACUGGUCCGUAAUAUUCCAGAGUCCUUCAAGAUGAUCUCUGUUGGUGGGGUCAAGUCUGAGUUCUUACUCAACAACACUGAAAGCAGGACGAAUUUCAUUGGCUGCAUAGAAGACCUACGGAUUGAUUCCCAACCUGUGCUUCCUCAGAGGAUUUCUGAGACCAUGGCAGAGGGCUUGCAGCUGGGCUGCAGCAAGCCGGAGUGGUGCGAACCCAACCCGUGCUCAGAUCAGGGCAGCUGUGUGGAUCUGUGGACCGGCUCCAGAUGCCACUGCUACCGUCCCUUUCACGGUCCCAAUUGUUCUAACGAGUAUACACCAGCAACCUUCAGCCAGGAAGACAGCACUAGUUCCACCUCCUUUAACAUCAGCAGCAGUCACGGCUCCAACUUCACAGUUUCCUUUUUCCUGCGCACGCUGAAGCAAGAGGGCUUGAUAUUUCAGCUGAGAAAUGACACAGGCCCGUACUUCACCCUUUAUCUGAAGAUGGGCAGGAUCAACGUGCAGAUCCUGUCGGGCCCUCCUGCAGUGGCACCCAUGUACUGUGCCAAUGGAGAGAAGCAGCUCCUCACCGUGCAAUCCAAUGAUGGCAACGUCACGGUUGGACAGUAUCACCUGGAUUAUAAACUGACCCGGCUGCCUUCCAUCUCAGUCAAGGCUGGGGAUGUAGCCCAUGUUGGAGGCCUCUCUGUGGAAGAGGAUGCAUCCGCCUGGGGAGGGUAUUUCAAGGGCUGUUUGCAGGACCUGCGGCUCGACAACUCGCUCCUGGAGUUCUUCCCUCUGGAGAACGGUAACUCCAGCGCAACAGAAGACAUGUAUGGAUUCAGGGAGACUGUUAAUGUCAUGCAGGGUUGCCACAGCGAUGACACCUGCCGGUCUGGACCCUGUGAGAAUGGAGGCUCGUGUCAAGUGACCUGGAAUGACUUUGUCUGCUCGUGUCUUGCGAACUUCACCGGCAGGACGUGUGAAAGGAGAGUGUGGUGCAGCAGCAGCCCCUGUCCACACCUCAGCCAGUGUGUGGAUGUGCCUGGGGGCUAUGAGUGCAGAGCAAAUGCUACGUUUCAGGAAAACAACACUAUUGAAUUUGCUGCCAACAAGUCUCUCAACUUGCCAGUAACAAGCAUUUCCCUGGACGUGAGGACCAGAGAUGGGAAUGCGGUUCUUCUGCGAGCCACCAACCGAGUGGAGCUUUUCUGCAUUGGACUCCACAACUCCACACUGCUGGUCAAGCUGAGGACAGAGAACAGCGUGGAAAUAGUCACCAUACAGAGUGACUUCCCCAUCACAGACGGCCUGUGGCACAAAAUCAUGGUUAGUAUGACAGAACCGAAGCAGGGCUCGUCGAGGUGGGUGAUCACUGUGGACGGGAAUCAAAACGGGACCAGCCUGGGCGUGGCUGGCAACCUCAACUUCCUCAACGAAUCCACUGUGAUGCUGGCUGAGAAUUACACAGGCUGCCUCGGGACUGUGAGAGUGGGUGGAGUGUAUCUCCCUUUCACCGAAGACCACACAGUACCACAGCGGGAGCAGUUUAUCAAACGCAGCGGGCAAGAGAUUCAGAUCGGGUGCAGAGGAAACCCGGUCUGCACUCCAAACCCCUGUUACCACGAGGGAAAGUGUGAGGAUCUGUUUAACUUCUUUGAGUGCAGUUGCCCCCACGGCUGGGGUGGGCUAUAUUGCCAGUCUAAUAUUGACGACUGCCAGUCCAGUCCCUGUCUCCAUGGCAAUUGUACUGACUUGCUGGCUGGCUACAAGUGCGACUGUUACCCAGGCUACACUGGGGGGAACUGUGAAACAAACCUUGAUGACUGUGCUGAAAACCUGUGUCAGAAUGGAGGGAUGUGCUCUGAUGGUAUCGACACUUUCAGCUGUGCCUGCCCUCCUCAGUUCGCAGGUCCUCUAUGCCAGUGGCCCUCCCCGCCAUUGCAGUGUGGGAAGGAGUUCUGGUGUCAGAACGAUGGAUACUGUGAAGAUGGGAUCUGGGGAGCUAACUGUACCUGCAGGACUGGCUUCACUGGAGAGAGCUGUGAAACUGAUAUAAACGAGUGCACCCCCAACCCCUGUCUGAACGGUGGCACGUGCCAGGACCUGGUAAACGGUUAUGAGUGUAGCUGUGGUGCCAGCUAUGCGGGACAGCGCUGCGAGGCUGAUAAUUUUCCAACAGCGGAAGCAUCAUGAAGUGAGAUAAAGCACAGUGAAAGCAUGUAUUAAUUAUAGUUUAAAAAAAAAAAAUUGUGUUCCCAACUAUCUGACUCUCGAUUUCACAGUAUUCUUAAUGUUUUGACAAAUAGUACACUAAUUACAAGUGAUUGACCUGCAGGGUCCUCCCUGAAGUAGUUGUUCAUCAUCAUAAAUACUAACCUUUAAUAUUUUCUUUGUAUUUUUAAAUAAAAAAAACACAGUCAGAAAAAAACAAUAAAGGAAUGUCCGCUUUGGUCUGAAUAAAAGUUUACAAGAUGUGUAAGAUGCGAUGUCCAGCUCUGCUGUCAGGCAUACUGUCACUCCAAACAACAGAAACCCCAACGAGCAACAGAGCCCCCUGCUGCUUCAUUAACUGCUACCACUUAAUUCCAAAUUAACCAACUGGAAACAGCGAUAUUUAAAAGAAAUAGACACACCAAACUACAUUUUUUAAUCAACAAUUAAUGAACUAAUGAAUGUGCAUACCAUUAUAACAUUGGGAGUAGAGUGGGACUGUGUGUGAAACCAUGCCAUCUUUUUAACAGGCGUACUAAAGAAGAGUGUGUUUCCGCAUGUUUAGCUCUCUCGCCUUCAGAGUGAUUCAGACUCACUGAAUCCCUGCACACACGCCUAUCUCUUGACAGCUCUCAUUCUCUCAGUUCCCUCAUCUUGUAUCCUCCUGUGAUGGGUUCAUUCCUUAUCCUGUCACUCUGUUAGAAAGGGAACCCCUCUUUUUCUUUCUGUUUCUAAUGAAUCUGAUUUGGGGUCAGCUCUGAAGCCUACCACCCGCUACCAGCCCACAGUGCACAGCGAGUCAGCUGCCUGAGUGGAAGCAGGUCACAUGCAGCCCGCAGUCGUGCGGGAAGCGAGUUGAGCAGCAGGGUGAGAGAGAGACAAGAAGAAAUGAAAAGCAGACAACUGCUAAAAAGGGUAAGAAUGUGUUUCCUCGCUUUCUUUCUUAAAAACAAGUGAUUUUGACAUUAGACCCUAACUUAUCAGCACUUACUGUUCAGAAUAGUUUCUUGUUUUUGUCUCUGAAAAUUAGAUUUUGCCUCAAAAUAAGACAUACAGACGUGGUACUCUUACCCUAUAGACUGGGUAGUGUCCUACAAACCUCAGAGAUGGACCACAGUAUAUGUACCCUUAUAAAAGUUUCCCAAUGUAAAAGCAAAAUGUAGUAAAGUGAAAGCACUGUAAAGCAUAGUAAAGCCCUGAGAGGUAUAGCAGAGCAUACUAAAAAGAUGGCAAUGCAGGGUGUAUGCAGUAACACUAUGGAGAAAAUGACUGUGCUCAACUUUUUAUUAAGGAUAGCUGCUAAAAUACUGUGCAUGUUGUUUUGCUGUGUUAGUAUACAGCAGACAUAGGGUUAACCCCAUAGAAUGUGAACAAUGCUGUGAGGGACGUAGGCACUGAUUGGACAGGUUGGCACAGCUGGUAGAGAAAGGCACUUGAUCACCAGUAAGCUCUGAUUGAGAAUUUCAUCACAGCUGCAUAAGCAACACUCUGGGUUUAUGUAGAGACUAGGGCCAGAGAAAGUUAGAAAACAAGAAAAACAGGAGAAGAAAAGGAAAUGCAGAUUGCUGCUGUCCGUCUCGGCCCCAUCAUCUCCACAUGUCUGCACAGACUCCUACCUACAUAAUCCCCUGGCUAAGCUACAACGGUCGCUCUCUCUCUAAUGUUUGGCUGAACAUGCCCUUGGUUGGUGAUAAUAUGUGACAGCCCUGACAGCCGAGGCUGUUCCUUGUUAAGCAUCAUGUCAAAAACACAGCGCUGCAGAACCAGGACGCGCUUCCUGGCACGGUGCAUGGUUAUGAUAGCGCAGGCUUGCGUUUUAAUGAGGAAGAUCUAUGUCUUCAAUGCUUUCUUAAGUGUCACAAAUAACGGACAAAUCAGCAACACAUCACAGUGGCCAAAAAUGAAAUGUUGACAAAUGCAGAUAUUUCAAAUUUAAUUGACACUUAAAUGUACUGGGGAUGAAAAUUGCCCUGCAAAGCACUCUGGGACGACACAUACUGUAGCUUCUUUGUGAGGCUGAAAAAGCACCACCUGCACAUGAGCUAAAUAUGAAACGUUAAUUUUGUGCAGAUUUUUUACUUUGUUGAUUGAGUGUUAAUGGGAUGGUAUGAAUGCAAAGACUGGCAUGUCAUAUUUAAAGAUGUGUCUAUUAUCUUUUGAUUUCUGAGGUACACACGAAAACAUAUCGUACAGUGCCGAAAAAAAUGUUUGUGAACCCCUUAGGAUUUUCACAUAUUUCAAACCUAAAAUGUUA